AACGCGUCCUCCCGCCGUGGACCUCUUCAACGUCUACCCCACACACGAAGAUCACACUUGCCACCACGGCUGAUCGUCUUGGCCGCGCGAACCGAUCGUCUCCCGUGCAUCGACCUUCACAGCACUCACAAUGGCGGACAUCCUUACGCAGAUGCAAGAUGAGGUGGACAUGCUCCUCAACAUCAUGCAGUCUCAACUCUUCCAGAUCCGCACACGAGCCCCUCCCAGCGUACCAGAAGGCCAGCAAAAGCUCAGCUCAUUCGCCGAAAAGGAGGCCACCGACAAGUCGGAGAACGCAGCACAGAACCCCGCGCAGCCAGCCCAAACAAGCGAAACCCUGCCAGCACUGCCCUCGAAGGAGCAGUUUGAGGAAGACCUGAAGGAGAUGGCCAAGGACCUCGUGGUCAAGAGUCAGCAGAUUGAGUUGCUGAUUGCGAAUCUGCCGGGUGUCAACUCGAGUGAGGCGGAGCAGAUGCAGCGCAUGAAAGAGCUCGAACGGGAGCUGGAAGAGCUCGAGAGCGAGCGGUUGCAGGCUGUCAAGGAGAAAGAGAGCUUGCUCAAGAAAGUCGAGGAAAAGAUUGUUGGCGUUGGGCGGGUGCGAUGAGCGCCAGUGUGGUGAUAAUGCUCCAAACGCGACCCAGACACCGCCUCGAAUCCUGGAGCCCUCCACGACAUCCUCGAGAUGGCAAACAUCUAUGUCUCCUCGGUCACAGUAUAGUUACGACUACGCUAGCCUAU